AUGGAUUAUAAUUAUGGAAUUUAUGAUAUAGUUACCUCAGCAACUAUAGAGGAAAUUCAAGAAAGUAAUCCUGUUUCAGCUGGGCAUCUUGAUCUGGAACUCUCAAUUUAUAAUUUAUACAGCAUUGCUACAUCAUUAUUUGUUAUUACUGAAAAAAUUAAAAUUAAAAGAAACGAUGACAAUCCAUUGCCUCCUGAUGAUGAGAAACCAAAAGUCCCCUUAGUAUACGACUGCUUAGCUUUAGUAUUCAAGCACUUAUCAAACGACAUUAAAACAUUACAUUCAUGCCUUUUACUUAAUAAACACUGUUGCGAGCUGGUUGUUCCGAUAUUGUGGAAGGCGCCUUUUAGCAAUAAUAUGGUCAGCUCGACGAUUAUUGCCUCCUAUUUGAAGUGUUUAUCAAAGCAUGAAACUUCAAAUUUAUCAAGAUAUUACGUUAAAUUACCGGACAAUAAUAAUAGGCCGAUGACUUUUGCUUUUCUGGAUUAUCCGAAACAUUUGGAAGAUUUGAAUAUGAAAAAUUUACAUUUAUCGGUCGAGAAUUGGAUUGAGAAAACUCAGACAAGUAAAUUGUCAAUAAUUGUCUGUCAUAGACACACAAAAUUGAUAAUUCGUACAAUAUGUAGGAUGAUCUUGGUUAAAAGUAAAAAAUUUAAAUCUAUUAAAUUGGAUUGGAAUUAUCCGAGAAGAAAAUCUAGAGAAAAAUUAAAGUUUCUACACUGCAAAAAUUCGGCAAUUUUCCUAUCACAAUUAAAAGAAUUAUCGAUCAGUUACGUUCCAAAAAAGGGUGACUUGUUAAUGGAUCUGGCAAAACAUUCGACUAAUCUACGAAGACUAGAAUUGAUCGAUAACACAUUUAAUACAUCUAAUCGUAAUGGGUCGAUUAGUGAAUUAAUUAAAAAACAAAAAAAUCUGGAAUAUUUAAAAAUCUUUUCGUAUGGUACAUCACUAACGGACCAAAUUUCUGCAUUAAAAUGUUCAUUCAAAACUUUAAAAAGUUUUGAAUUAAUUUAUGCAAAAUUCACCACAAUCACCUCGGAAUUCAAUCAUUUGUCAAAAUGUAGUAAUUUGGAAAUAUUGAUCUUGGAUCAUUGUGAAUUUUCGGACGAGGGAAUUAUACAACCUCUAAGAAACCUUUCCAAAUUAACAAAACUGCAUAUAAAAAAUUCUUUCCGAGGCCUAUUUGAAAUAUUUAUGGAUUUAUUAAAUUCAAAUUCCAAAACAUUAAAAGAUAUUUACUAUGUCGACGAUCAGAUAAGAAGAGACAUAUUCAUCGACGAACGAUUGUAUAAAACGUUAUGUUCAAAAUACAAAAAUACUCUAAAUCGCAUUUCACUUCCUUAUAAACACGAUUCCGACACGAAAAGAUUGUUAAUUAAUUUUUUAAAUAAUAAUUCUGAAAAUCUAAUCAGCUUGAAAUUGUUCGGAUCAUACAAGUAUACUCGAGAGUUUAGUGAUUUUAUGCCACAGCUAUUCAAUAUUUUGCCACCAAGAUUGCGAAAUAUUAGCUUAGAUAUGGAAUGGGGGAAAAGAGAUGCUGUUAUUCUUGAAUCAGUAUUAAGGAAUUGUAAAGGUGAUUUAGAUACAUUUUACAUUAGUAGCUGGUCAAGAUCAAAUCCUGGGGCAAGUGAGAGAGGUUUAAUUGAAGAAUAUUUGAGAUAUAAUAAUAGACAAUUAAAUUUUCAAGAAUUUGUUCGUGAUACAGAAUAA